AUGCCUUUAUAUGCAAAAUUCCUCAAGGAACUCAUUAACAAGAAGAGAAAUUGGAAUGAAAAGGAGACAGUGAUCUUGACCCAAGAGUGUAGUGCUAUAAUUCAAAAAGGCCUUCCACCAAAACUCAAAGAUCCUGAAAGUUUCAUCAUAUCAUGCACCAUAAGCAACAUGACUUUAGAAAAAGCUCUAUGUGACUUAGGUGCCAGCAUCAGUUUGAUGCAUCUGUCACUCAUGAAAAAACUUGCAAUAGAGGAAGUCAAACCUACCAGAAUGUCACUUCAAAUGACUGAUAGUUCACUCAAGGUACCUAAUGGAGUUGUAGAAAACUUAUUGGUGAAGGUUGGAGAAUUCAUUUUCCCUGCUGACUUUGUUAUUUUGGACAUAGAAGAAGAGGGACACAACUCAAUUAUCUUGGGGCAACCUUUUUUAGCCACAGCAAGAGCCAUCAUUGAUGUAGAGAAAUGA